AUGAGUAUGAAUCUAAUGCCAGGGUUUCAGUUCGAUCCAACAGAUGAAGAACUAAUUAACUUCUUUCUUUGGAGAAAGAUACAUGGCGUGCCAACACCAGCAGUAUACCCUCGAAUGCCCGAUGCUAACGUAUACGGCAAAAAGGGAGAUCAUCCUUCUCAGAUUUUCGAUUCUUUUGGAGAAUCAGACCGCGAAGAAGAAGAUACUGUCAGGUAUUUCUUCACUCGUUUGGUUCCCGUUUCUAAGAAGAAAGGUUGCAACGGCAAGAACGUAGUUCGAUCAGUGGGUAGCGGUGAUGAUUUUUGGAGAAACGAGAGAUCCGAAUCUGUUAAGGUAAAGAACAAAGAUGGCGGCCAAGAUAUUAAAAUUGGGUCACGAACUUAUCUCAAGUUCAUAGACCAAACUGGUGUUGCUAAUCCUGAUCGUGUCGAAUGGAGUAUGAGGGAGUUGAUGUCAACUGAUGAUAAUGCUUUGGUUCUUUGUCGAAUCGAGAAGAAGAUCCCUAAAUCCACCACCAAGAAAAGGAAACAAGCAAUCAGUAGUACUACUAAUUCUACUUCUAUUGUGGAUAAUAAUGUUGAUGAAGAUCUUCUCCAAGAAAACAAAAGGCAGUGCUUAGUCCAUCUUCAACUUCAACAAUCUACCGAUCAAGAACAACAAACGAAGGAGAUGAUCGAUAAUGACAAUUCAGACUUGUGGUUGAAACAAAUGAUCGACGACUAUCUGCAAAAAAAAUUCACAAACAUCUCCAAACAAUCAAGAAAACGAAAGAAAUACUGCUACUUCUUCUUCGGUGGAUGA